AUGAAGCCUAGGACUGCCCACACUCAGGUUAUUGGCGUCUUGGACAUCUACGGCUUCGAGAUCUUCCAGGACAAUAGUUUCGAGCAACUUUGCAUCAACUACGUCAACGAGAAGCUUCAACAAAUCUUUAUAGAGCUCACCCUCAAGGCGGAACAGGAGGAAUAUGUUCGAGAGCAAAUCAAAUGGACCCCAAUCAAAUAUUUCAACAACAAGAUUGUAUGCGACCUGAUCGAGGAACGAAAGCCUCCAGGAAUCUUCGCCGCUCUCAACGACGCUACAGCCAUCGCCCACGCCGAUCCUACAGCAGCAGACGAUUCGUUCAUCCAGCGUUCAGCCGCUCUAUCCUCGAAUCCACACUUCGAGUCACGAGGUGCUCAAUUCCUCGUGAAACAUUAUGCAGGUGACGUAAUGUACAACGUCUCUGGAAUGACGGACAAGAACAAGGACGCCUUGAUCAAGGACCUCUUGGAUCUCGUCGCUGGUAGUAGCAAUAAGUUCCUCAACGAGCUCUUCCCUGAUAGACCGGAUCCAAACAGUAAGAAGAGACCACCAACCGCAGGUGACAAGAUCAAGACAUCAGCUGGCGCACUAGUUGAUAAUCUCAUGCGUGCACAACCCUCGUACAUUCGUACAAUCAAGUCCAACGAAAAUCGAAGCCCAACCGAAUACGAUUCCAAGGCCAUUCUACACCAAAUCAAGUAUCUUGGGUUGCAAGAGAACAUUCGCGUCAGACGAGCCGGAUUUGCGUACCGUAAUACAUUUGAGAAGAUGAUAGAGCGCUUCUACCUCCUCUCUCCUGCUACAUCCUACGCUGGUGACUAUAUUUGGCAAGGGGAUGCUAGGUCAGGAUGUGAGCGUAUCCUGAAGGACACUGGCAUCGCGAAGGAAGAAUGGCAAAUGGGCGUCACCAAGGCAUUCAUAAAAACCCAGAAACAGUGCCUAUUCGCGCUCGAGACUAUGCGAGACCGAUAUUGGCACAACAUGGCAUCUCGCAUCCAGCGCGCUUGGAGAAAUUAUUGGCGGUAUAAAAACGAGUGCGCGACGCGCAUCCAACGGUUCUGGAAGAAUAAUAAGGAGGGUCUGGCGUACGCUGAAGUUCGUGAUUACGGACACACCAUCCUCGGCGGACGCAAAGAGCGCAGGCGCUAUAGCUUGCUAAGUUAUCGUCGCUUCAUGGGUGACUAUCUUGACGUCGGAAAGGCGAAGAGCCCGCUUGGGGAGACAAUUCGCAACGCAUGUGGUCUCUCCAAUGAGACUGUACUUUUCAGCGCGCGAUCACAGCUGCUAGUAUCCAAACUUGGAAGAUCUAGCAAGCCAAGUCCUCGCUAUCUUGUCCUGACGGAUAAGGCUGUCUAUAUUGCCGUCACGAACAACAAAGAUGGACGAAUACUCACAACAUUAGACCGGAAGAUCAAUUUAGUCGCCAUUCGAGCGAUAGCCAUGACGAAUUUGCGUGAUGAUUGGAUGGCCAUCCGGGGUCCGAUUUGUGAAGAGGGCGAUCCAGUGAUAUCAUGCGUAUUCAAGACAGAGUUCUGCACCCACUUAAUGCAAGCGACACGUGGUCAAACUACGAUCGAUAUUGGCCCUACGAUCGAGUACAAUAAGAAGAAGGACAAGGUUGCUAUCAUCAAGGCUGUCAAGGAUGAGACCGUGCAAAAAGAUGACGUAUACAAAAGUCAUGCCAUUCACGUAGGAAGCGGUGAACCACCCAACAGCGUUUCUCGUCCUCCAGCAAAGAGAAAGGCUGGCGUCGUCCGUCCAAUCACCAAAGGCAAACUCUUGCGGAAAGGAGGACCAUCGACAGAUAACAAACCAAAGCCAGUCGCCAAGCCCAAACCCGCAGCACAAGCCCUACCCGGGCAAGCAAAUACAGCGCCGACACAAAAGUAUACACCAGUUGCAACGUCAACAUCCUCUUCAGCCGCUCCUCCACCGCCACCUCCGCCUGCACGAGCCCCCGUGGCCCCACCGUCCGCAAAGCCUAUGUACAAGGCAAAGUAUCCAUUCCAAGGUCAAGAUGGAGAGCUUUCCUUAGAGAAGGACGAGAUUGUUGAGCUCGUCAAGAAAGACGACAAUGGCUGGUGGCUGAUGAAGCGGGGCAACGAAGAAGGUUGGGCGCCGUACAACUAUCUCGAACUGGUGCCUCCUGCAGCUGCCCCAGCACCUCCGCCUCCGCCUGCUCGUCGACCUGUCCCUACACCGACUGCACCGAAACCUGCACCAACAGCAUCUUCAAAUGGAACACCGAAGAAGGCAGUCGCACCUGUUGCAUCCUCGAGUUCCAACGUGAACAAACCACAGCCCAAACCACCGGUAACUGCGCCGAAACCGAGCGCUUCUACAUCUUCAAAGAUAGGAGGCAAGCCACCUAUUCCGUCUGCACCCCGACCGCCUGUCGGAGCAUCGAAGCCGGCAACUGGAAGCGUCAGGCCUCAGGCAGCCCCACCCGGUCAGAUGGGUCUUGCUGAAAUGUUGGCGAAACGCGCACAGCAGAUGAACUAG